CACAUUCACAUUCUUUGUCAAAAUCACAAAAUUAUUAUAUCAACUUGUUUACAAACCUCCAACUUCGUAUUCGAUUUAUGAUAUUAGUGAUAAUUUAUAUAGAAUGAUCUACCGCUAGUCGCUACUAGUAUACUAAAUACUAAUAAGUAAUCUGUGAUACACAGAUACCACAGCACACGGUUGCAAUUUAAUAGUGAAGCUAAUUAAGGAUUUUUUAAUAAUAUGUGUAUCAAAGUACCUAUCUUGUAAGUCAAAGCAUGACUGAAACAUUACAAUUGGAGGUGCUUUCUACAAUACACUGCAAACAGCAAGUUGUUCGAGCUGUGAGAUUUAAUAUCGAUGGCAGUUAUUGCCUAACCUGCGGCGCUGAUAAAAAAAUUAAAUUAUGGAACCCGCAUAACGAUUUGCACUUGAAAACUUAUGGAGGUCAUGCAAAUGAGGUGUUAGAUGUGGCAGGUUCAAGUGAUAAUAGUCAGAUUGUAUCUUGUAGUGCCGAUAAAUCUGUUAUCCUAUGGGAUGUUACUACUGGUCAACCUUUGCGCAGGUAUAGGGCCCAUGCAAGCUCAGUAACAUGUAUAAAAUUUAAUGAAGAAUCAACCAUGGCAAUAUCUGGAUCCAUAGAUAAUACAGUAGCUUUUUGGGAUGUUCUUAGUAGAAGACAGGAGCCAGUACAGACACUAAGAGAUGCUAAAGAUACUAUAACAUCCAUACAGGUUACUGAUCAUGAGGUUUUAACUACUUCUGUAGAUUGCCAUACAAGAUUAUAUGAUCUACGAAUUGGAAAAAUGAUUUCCGAUUAUAUUGGUUCCAUAAUAACACAUGGAAGUUUAACACAUGAUGGGCAAUGCCUUGUUUUAAGUUGUUCAGAUGGAACUAUAAAAUUAAUAGAUAAAGAUUCAGGAGAACUUUUAAAUACGUUUAUGGGGCAUGAGACUAAUGAUUAUUUGCUUGAAAAUUGUAUUAAUGACAAAGAUAAUCAGAUCAUUUCUGGUUCUGCCUCUGGUGAAAUAUUUUACUGGGAUUUAAUUAGUAGUAAUAUUACUAAUAAGUUAGUUCAUAAGUUUAAUAAGCCAGUGGUGUCAAUUAGUCACCAUCCAUCUGAUAGCAUUUUACUAUCCGCUUCUGAAGAUGAAAUAAAACUAUGGGGGGUUAACAACAAAGAAUGAUAUAA